AUGGAUAUAGAUGAUGCCGCCCGUUAUCACUCGAUUCCCUGGGUUUCAGAAUUGUUGCAAGAUACGGCUUUCGUGACAGUCCCUUCGACCAACAGAGACACCAAGUCCUCGACCGAGGAUAGUCUUUUUUCAGUCACCCUCAAAUCGAAUGCUACCCUUUCGGGGUUUCUUUCCCAGUAUCGACGGCCGACCCCCACCUCCGGGCCUGGUGGGACUGGGGGCAUAGAGGAGGUCCGCAUGAUUUUCAUUCUAGGUAGCAAUCUCAACGGCUACCCUGGCGUUCUCCACGGAGGAAUCGUGACCACCAUUUUGGAUGAAUGCACGGGCCUUCUUCUUGUCCUUCGCAGCAAGUACAAAGCUGGCGACGAUGACGCCCUCGCACCAGGCUCUAAGACGGUAACUGCCUACCUGAAUACAAACUUUUUGCGUCCAGUUCCGACACCUGGUGCAAUUGUUGUGUACGCAAAGCUUGAAGAGACCAAAGAGAACCGGAAGUGGAAAAUCAAGGGUCGGAUAUGUGAUGAGGAUGAUCAGAUUCUCGCAACGGCCGAAUGUCUCUACGUGAAGUCUCGAUCCAAAAUUUAG